AUGGCGACCACCACAGCAGCCACUGGCACCACCGCCAGCGCCAACUUAAAACAUCUAGAGGCCUGGAUGCAGUCAGACAUUGGGGAUUAUGAGCCUGAAGCCUCACCUGAAUACUCCAAAGAGCCCCGUCAGGGAGAAACAACUGUUAAAGUACCCACCGAGCUUGAAAGCAACCAUGAAACGGUUGAGGAGAAGACAAUCGAGGUUGUCUACUACAUGGUCAACAGUCGAGCAGCGGGGAAGACCGAUGACAAAUGGACAAGUUGUGGCAGCCUUCAGAUCGGCCGAGUGAAGCACUUUGGACAGAUGGAGAAUGCGGUGUGGUACAAACCCUCCGGCUCUGAUGCUAUAGAAUCUGACAUCUCAAGCGAUGUGAUCGUGGUGCACGAUACGGACCCUAGCGAUGAGACGAUCCAUUACCUCAAGAAACCCAAUGCUAAAACCGCUAACUGGGGCUUUGACAUUCGUGUCAAGCUGCCAGGUACGGACAGUAGUUCUUUUACUGGUACAAUCAGUGCCGGUAAUCUGACUGAGGAUGUUGAAGGCAGUGCUGUGUGCGUCAAACCCAAGAAGGCCAAGUCGCACGACUUUGCCGAACCAGUUCCAGCGGACUCAAAGGGGACGCCCACUGGCUUGCGCGGUCUCUCUCCAUACUCGACCAUACAGACCGAGGCUGUCAAGUUUCGCCAGGAUUUGGCGCAAGUUUACGGGCAGAAGCUCAUGCAACGACUCAUGUUCUAUGCCAUGAACGAGAAGACCCGUAAAACCCUCUUGCCCAGCAUGGCCGAAUUGUCUGCGGAGGAACGCCGCGUUUUGGAUGAUCAUCGGGACUUCUUCCACCGCAUGGGAACACACAACCUGGCGGACCAUAUCAAGGAGAUGCCUGAGAUAGAUAGCAAAAUUCGGGAUGGAAUCAAGCCGCAGUUCACGAACUUUCUCGAUAUGUUGUCGGCCUCGGAUCCCAGUGAGAACCAGGGGGGCAAGGAAGAUGUCAAGAGCGAUGCGAAAGGAGAUCCAGUGGCUGCGUACGGCUGGAAUUGGAAGGACGAUGGUGAGAAAAUUAGAAGCCUGCGAAAUCAUUUCACAAGUGCGUCGAUGAGAUCUUACGAGCUUGGCUACAUCCAAGCCUGCCCAGCCUGGAAGGAUUACACAUCUCACGCUGCAUACUGGUUCCGCUAUCUCUCUAGUUACCUCCUGUCAGAGCCUUUCUUGGCCAAAUGGCGUUUAAACUCCACUGAUCGAGUUGAUGUCCCAGGCGCGAUGUCGGUCACUGAGGAAGUCAACUUCUGGACCAAUAAGCUGUCACUGCUCAAACAUGCGGCUUCAGAUAAAGAGGCCCUGGAAUUAGAUCUCACUAAGGUCACCACUCGUUUGGAGGCAGAGGCCAAUGAAGCGGCAGCAUUUACCCGCAAGUUAAACAGUCAGUUGGCUAAAGAGUUGUCAACAAUUUAUUCCGAGAUGGAACUCGAGUCAAAGACUCAGGAGACCAAGAAGCGUUUUCACCAUAUUUCCGAAGAGGCAAAAGAAAUCCAUAUGAUCAAUGUGACAGAGGCUCAGCAGAUGAUCCAUCACCUAACCGAUCCUCACUCCUAUCUCAGUACCAAAAUGAACGACUAUAUCAAUCGCCGCAUUCCAGAUAUUGCAAUUCGUGUUAAUGAGCCGAACGUGGGUCAGGCCGCACACGCUCUAGGAGAUGGAGUACUACUAGAUGCCCUGGAAGAGGCAGAAGAGUUACCCUUGUUCCAGAGAUUGAAGAACAAGAUGAAAAAUGUGAUGCAGGGAAUUUCGUGGAAAAAUGCCAUGGUGGGACUGGUGAAAGGAGUUUUGAGAGCCGCAGGUAUCAUGGCCUUGAUCAACUCUUUGUCGGCCGUGUACACAGGGCAGAAGAUGCCCAAACUGCAGCUGUAUAUGAUUAUCAGCAUGACAACAGCAGAGUCGAUUCGAUUCUUCAGCUGGGGGUUCUCGAAGCUGCUAAAUCGGCCGUUCGUACAAAACCAGAUCCGCCAGAGACUCAACGGGUGGAUCUCGUUGGCAGUAAGGAAAGUAAAAGACUGGGCCAUAAUCGCGGGCAACUGGUUCGUCAAGCAUGCGGAAAAGAUGAUUCGUAUUGUCGGAAUCAUUGGUUGUUUUCUCAAUGUCGCCGGGAGCUACGACGAGCUCUUUAAUAACUCAGAGGAAGUUGACCCAAUGUCUCAAACCGCUUUCCGGUGGUAUCAUGGAAUUCAGCUCACUCUCGGAAUUGUUGAAUGUAUUCUUCUUUCCGUAGAUCUGGUGGCUUUCCUGGGGUCUAUGGAAACUUUAGCGGCUUUUGCUGGGCCAGCAGCGUUCUUCGUUGGGUUGGCUAGCUUAGCAGUGACAUUGGUUUACAUGCGAUGGUUUGCCCCUGAUCCUCAUGGUGAUGUCAAAGAAUUCCUCCGAGGAGAAGGCAGGGAAAUGAAGAGCUACAAUGGUGAGUAG